AUGAACAGGGUAACUCGGGGAGCCGGGGAGCAAAGGGCGCGGAGCAGGACGCCCUCAGGCACCGCCGAGCCGGGCGGCGCCACCGCCGCGGGUGGUGAGACCGCCACGCGUUCCCUAAGGGAUCCCUCCCGCCGCGUUCCCUCCGGCUCCCGCAGGGACCGGCCCCUCUCCCGGCGGGAUCAGCCCCUGUUCCGGCGGAUCAGCCCCUCUCCCAGCUCCCCGUGGCCCUGGGCUGCCGCAGGCCCGGACGGUGGCGGGAGCGGCGGCCUGUGGGGCGGCGGCCCAGAGAGCGUUGCGGGUGCCGUGUGGCGGCCGGGACUCGGGAGAACGCGGGAGCGCGGCCUCGGUUCUUCACUUCUGCCUGAAAUGGCCAAGGAAAAUUCCCCAUCCCUAGCUGAAGUUGUAAAACGAGUUGCAGAGCAACAGCAGUCACAGGCAUCAGACGUAGAAAAAAACAAAGCAGUUCUUUUCCAAUUGCAGGCAAAGUGCCAGGAACUAGAAAAAGAAAUGAAUUCUGUUCUGUUAGAAAUAAAGACAACAGAAAGGGAGAUACACCUGCAAGAUGAUGCCGUAGAAGUGACAAAAUAUCGCUGUGAAAAUCUGGAGGCCCAAGUCAGAGCCCUGUAUUCUGAAAAUUUAAAAUUGAGGUGUGAUGCAGAAACAAUACAAGAGGAGUUUGAGAUGAAACUUGCACGAAAUAAUGAAUAUCGGGAAAAAAUAAGGGAUCAUAAACAUCUCUUUUGGGAGAUGGAAAAUAAAUUGCCAGUUAUGAUUGAACUUGCUGAAAAGAAAGCGGUUGUGGAAGAAUUAAAGGCAAAGAAAGAGGAAUUAAUAUGUGAUCUGCAGAAUCCAGAAGGAUCUGUUAUAAAACAAGUGCAGGAAGAAAUCACACAUUUAAAAAGUGAAGUCACAACAUUGAAAGAUUUGAUCAAUAAAAAAAGAGAUCUGCUGGAAGAAGAGAAAAAAAAGCAUGCUAAGCUUAGAAAGGAAAUUGAGGUACAGAAUAAGAGAUAUGAUGCUAUAUUAAAACGUUUGCAUUGCCAACUGAACAAAGUCCAAUCAAAUAAAAGACAAUGGCACUGGAACAUUCAGCAGUUGGAGAAGAAGGCUGCAGAACUAAGAAAAUGUCUGGGAGUAGCAGAGUUACAAAACAUCAUGUAA